AACUUAUUGAUGACACCGACGAGUUUCAUUUCACAUUAUUUUGUGACAAAUGUUACUUCCGAACGGAAGAGGYGUCUAUAUUGUGCCAUUUCCCUGGGCAACUAGCUUUUAUUUUGACAUUCGUCCAAGAAAACUUAAAAAAAUACAUCAAACACCAGUUCACAUUAUGCCAUGAUGGGAAUAUACAAUUUGGACAAGUUUCAUCAGCGCUUUCCAAGUCUGUGGGAAGCAGUUGAAAUGCUCAAUUCAUUCUUAACAACAGCCUUUAUGAAACAACUCCCGCAGUUUUAGRAAACUUCUGGCCAACUGAGAAGAAAUGCCWUUUACAUUUGGAGAUUGCUGGCCUUGCCUAGCUUCGUCAAAUGUUGGUAAGAAUGUGARCUCUAAAGGCAGACUGAUAGCCGAAGUAUCAAUGAGUGUUUGGGACAAGGUUAAGAAGAGGUUGGGUACCGAUGGAGGGAGAGCUCCCGGACAAUCCGUAGAUGCCGAAGCUGCCUUCGCGGAGGACCAUUACACUAGGUUUUCAUUGUUAUUGUUGGAGCCAGGAGAGACAUACUUUGAAGAUUACAGUGUCUUCUACUAUCCAUACGACGUCCCAGAAGACGAAGCUAUUAGAAGGAAACAAAGAGGACGAUUAAAAAUAUGUUCCAAGUCAAUACUAUUUGAUCCCAUUGAUACAGCCUUUCCAAUAUUAAAGUUUCCUCUGAAAGAAUGUCUGACUAUUGCUCAUUGGAGUGGUCCUCUGCUUUCAAGAAUAGAUACCAAGGGAGAUGUUCUGGUUAUUGAGUCAAAACAAGUCAUUCAAAUGAAGGAAGGCAAUAUUGUAGCUCCAUAUCAAUUUAUAAGGGAACAGAAGAAGUAUUUAUUUUCAUUCAAUUUUAUAGCAUUAAGUUUUGUUCUUCCUCAACUUGAGCAGCUUUAUAGAGCAUCAACACUGUCUAGAGCUGAUCAAACAGCAAUGAUAAAUACUAUUGUUCAGUCAAGACAGGCUAGGGUUACCUUCAACACCAGUUGGCUUGAAGAUUUAUAUGAAAAGAUAGUUGUGGAAACAUCAGCUAAAAGAAUAACACCACUAGUMUGUAAUCCAGGACGCGUCAUGUUGACGUCAUCUCGACUUUAUUUCCAACCAUUCAACAAUGCAGAUCCUUGUCCUGUAGUCAAGUGUAAAUUAUCGCAAAUAAGUCGAGUGGUAAAAAGAAGGUAUCUUCUUCGUCAUGUGGGAAUAGAAAUAUUCUCAUCAGAUGGAUCACAAAUGUACCUUGUCUUGAAUUGUCAAAAAGAAAGAGAUAUUUAGCUGAUAGAAGUUUCAAUGAUUUAACGCAAUAUCCAGUAUUCCCAUGGGUACUGGCAGACUACACAAGCACCACUUUAGACUUAACAAAUCCAUCAACGUUUAGAGAUCUAAGUAAACCUGUUGGAGCUUUGACAGAAACUCGACUACAACAGCUCAAGGAGAGGUGUAGAGAAAUGCCGGAACCAAAGUUUCUGUAUGGAUCCCAUUAUUCUACUCCGGGAUAUGUUUUGUACUAUCUUGUACGAGUCGCGCCAGAAUUCAUGCUUUGUUUACAAGGAGGCAAGUUUGACCAGCCUGAUCGCCUUUUUAAUAGUGUCGCUGAGACAUGGGAGAAUGUUCUUACAGGACAUGCUGACGUUAAAGAGCUUAUUCCAGAGUUCUUUCAGUCGUCUGGUGAAUUCCUUGUAAAUAGUCAAAACCUACCACUCGGUACAAAACAAGACAAGACUAAAGUCAUGAACGUUGAGCUGCCACGUUACGCUAAAGACUGUGAACAUUUUAUUCGUCUCAAUCGAGAAGCUCUAGAAAGUACAUACGUCUCAGAGAGACUACACAACUGGAUUGACCUUAUCUUUGGGUAUAAACAAAGAGGAGAGGAGGCCUGGAAAGCAGACAAUGUGUUUUAUUACCUGACAUAUGAAGGAGCCGUAGACCUCGACAGCAUAACAGAUCCCAACGAGCGAGCUUCUCUGGAGGCUCAGAUCUUAGAGUUUGGACAAACACCCAAGCAGCUCUUUAGAAGUCCUCAUCCAAAGCGAAUUGUCUCACCAACCACUGCCAACGGCUUUGUGCAUUCGUUUGAGAACAUAGACCACGAAGAGAAGCCUGAGAUCGUACCUGUUGUAAACCUUAGUGUUGAUUUUGACGAUCAGGCCGAACCAGAACCAGAACACUGGUCUCACAUCGAAAAACUGGAGCAAUCAUCCAGUCAGAAACUACACAAACAGGAUUCUUCAUCGGGUGGUAAAGAGGUUAAAGUGAACAUUGCCAACAAACCUAUUACUCGACAUAGAAGUACUGUAACGGCUGUACAGUUGUCGAGAGAUUGCAAGUACGUGUUUUCGGUCUCGCAAGAUACCCAGCUGAAGGUAUUUUCUUUGGAAGAACAGCAGCAGAUAAGAAGUAUCAACCUGUCGUCAAUGGCACUGUCAUCGUGCGCCAUUAUGCCUGAUGCCAAGACCAUUGUAGUUGGAUCAUGGGACAACAAUAUCUACAUUUACUCGGUGGAAUACGGACGUGUUCUUGACACACAGAGAGGACAUGACGACGCAAUUUCCUGCCUGUGUUGGAACGACGGUAUUCUUGUCACAGCAUCUUGGGAUUCUACYGUCAAGGUUUGGAAAUUUCUUCCCGAACCAAUGGGUAAAAAACCUAAUUCACCUGUAGUACUGGCUGAACUAGAUCACGAUACUGAGGUCAACUCCGUAGAUCUGGACCCUACAAACACAUUGGUAGUCACAGGGACAAUGGACGGUACAGUGUUACUGUGGAAUAUCGACCAGCAAAUGAUCCUCAGCCAACAUUCCAUUCAUAAGGCGAACGUCCAUUCUGUUUUAUUCAGUCCAGAUGGUCAGCGGAUACUGUCCUGCGGCGCAGAUCAUUGCAUGCGAGUGAUCGAUGUGCAUUCUGGGACCGAGGUCUUUAACAAGGACACAGGACAGGAAAUAAGAUGCGCAGUGUGGGAUGGUCAAAUGGUAUUGGCCGGUUGCGAGUCAGGUGAUCUCCAAAUAUGGGAUUUAUAUCACGUGCAACAGAUAGCAAGAAUAAGCGCUCACAAAGGUCCAAUUCGAUGUAUCGAUGUGUCAGGUGAUGGGUGUUCGGUGGUGACUGGCGGUGAAGAUGGUCAAGUUAUACACUGGAGAAUUAAAGUAUGACAUACUAGAAAAUUCCAAUCAAAUUCCAGGAAAAAAUUAUGGUAUCACCACAUUAUUCCUUGGGUGGAUCGCGGCUACGUAUUAUAAAGUUUUAGAAACCAUCGUUGAUGCUAUGCAUCCUGGGAGUUAUAUUAUCGCGGUCUUCCGGCCAUCAGUCGUUGUUCGUACAUCCGCUGACACCACAAAUUAUUGGCUCGGGAUUUUACGCGGCCGCUUGGACUGAGCAAAUGAUUAUCUUCGGCAACUUUGGGUAAUGUCAUAGAUCCAACCUCCGAUUCAACGUAGUGGGCCUUUGAUUAUAAACAGAAAGCUGGGAAUCGUUAUAAAUGGGUAUGACCGCUGGCUCAACCGACCUCCGGCCUAUAUUUGAUAAAUGCAACCGCCGUUUUAUCCUAUCGCCGGCUCAUAUUUUAYUGUCAAAGUACAACCGCUGGAAUAUCCACUCGCCGGCCCAUGUUCUUACUUCAGCGCGGGGGGGAUGAAUAGAGGAAGUAAUGGAUUGAUAUUGUCAUGCAAACAGCCGCUGGUACAAGCUAUCGCCGGCCUAUAUUUUUAUCUCCACAUGUGAUGAAGGAUGAAAAAAUAUUUUGGUUGAGUGUUGUCAUGGAGACAGCCGCUGUAACAAUGAACUGCGGGCCGUUUUAAUUCAAUAUAGACAAUGCAGAACAGUCAUACUGUUUCAUAAAAUAACCAUAUCAAUUGCAUGGGUGCAUGCACACGAUGGGUACCCUGUGUAUUAUUUUAAUUUACAGAUCAAAUGCGGUACGUUUUGAUAAUCACAGUUGAAUAUUAAAACAACAAUAUUAGCAUA